AUGGCAAACGACAUUUCUUUUUUAUUGGCAAGUAUCUUCAAGGACCUUUACACAGGAGAUGUUAUUGGGAAGGAAAUAAUAAAAAACCUUGUAACGUCACGUGGUGGAGAUGAUAAGUACCACGAGCAAUUCGUGCAACAGCUACAAGAGAUUCACGCAGAGUAUGACAAACGGAUUGCAGAGGCAGACACAGUUGAAAAACAUAUAAUCCAGGCCCGGGCACGAGCCACAGUGGCAGAGGAGAAGGCUCUGAAUAAAGGAAAGGAGAGUGGAAUUGACCAAAAAUCCCUGGAUAAUAACUCACUUGGAUUGCCAACAGUGAAAUCCACGUUCAGGGACUGCGUAGACAGUGAGCUGCUUAAGACACAUAACUUGAUCGUUCCAGAGGAUUAUAUCGUUGAGAAGCGCACGAGCAGCAAAACACCGAUACUUGCAGCAAAACCUCAGAUCUAUGUUCCAAAACUUACAAAAACUUUCAAGAAACGGAUUUCAAAAAGCCCAGUAGAUGAUGGAUACACAGACUUGAGCCAACCUAAGGCCCCUAGUGGAUUAUUAGAGUGCAACUCAUCUUUAACUUUGCUGUCAUCCUCUGAGGAGUCAAUUGGUUCAAAAAUAUCCAAGCCCCAGAAAGAAAAAACCAACAAGUACCUUUGGAGGGACCAGUUGCCUGUGGCUGAUCGAAUACAGGCGCGAGAGGAUAUGGCAAAGUUUGAGAAAUGCCACAACUUCCUGAAGAGCCCACGCCACCUGCCUCCUCAAGAAGGAGGCAAAUCGCUCAUCAUUCCAAAAAGGAAGGUGCCAAAGAAAGUUGCUGGAAGACAUGUAUUUGUAGACCAAAGUGACCCCAAUGAGCCUAUUCCCGUCUUUCUGGCAAAUCCACCUAUUAUUCUGUUCACAAACUACAAAGUGGGACAAGUGUAUGAAACAAAUGUUGAGUUGAGAAACCUGACUUCCAGCAGCCGCCACCUGAGAGUCAUCCCACCAAGUACCUCAUUCUUUUCUAUCGGACUAGGUAAAUUCCCAGGAGAGGGAGGCAUCGUUGCUCCAGGCAUGAGCUGCCAGUACACUGUCCGAUUUGCUCCUGAUUCACCAGCUGAAUAUGAAGAUUUCCUAAUAGUGGAGACACAGACACCCUAUCCACUCGUGGUCCCCAUUGAAGCCAGAAGAUCUCCUCCUAUAUUAUCCUUACCUGGUACUUUAGACUGUGGAUAUUGCCUGGUGGGUGGAGUGAAGAUCACAGAGUUCCUUUGUAGAAACGAUGGCUACAACUCUGGAUGUUUUUGUGUGAUGCCAAAAAAAAUGUGGCCAACUACAAAUUUCAGAGUGAGUGUUCUAAAGUUACUUCUGAAUGUGUAUUCAUCACCCUAUCUGGCAGGAUCAAAUCCCGAUCAUACAUUGUGUAAAAAGGUUUUUGUCGAUAUCACCAAUUUGGCUGGCAAUCGCCUUUCAUCUCUGUUGACCAUUCAACAUCUCAGAGUGAAAGAGUAUCACAGUGUGUUUUACCUUGUAUUGCAAGGUGUUCCAGAGCCUUUGAAUGCCAAUGAGUGUAGCACCACUAGGAAAGGCAGCUUGGAAAGAUCAAUGAAAACAGCUUCUGCAGCAAUUACUAAUAUCGUAGGCAUGGAGCUGGAGGUUAAGGGCUACACUGAGCCAUUUCAAGUCUUGUUGAAGCCUUAUGCCAUUCUCAUCCCUGGCGAGAACUACCUGGGCACGACUCUGAAAAAAUAUUUUGAGAUGUGGAAUAACAGCAAAUCCACCAUCUACUUCGAAUGGGAGAAUGUGCAUGAUUCUCACAUCCUGGAGGUGCUGCCACCUUGUGGAGCAAUAGAGCCCAAUGAUUACUGUGACCUGGAGCUGUUGCUUACUGGAGGCAAGAUGGAGAAAAUAAAAUACCGUCUGCAGUGUCACAUCAGAUAUCAGGAAGAGCCAGUGGUUCUUUACGUAGAGGCAGCUUUUAUGGGUCCCCAGGUUUGCAUUGACCUUCCAUCUCUGGAUUUCUGCCUCGUGAGGCUGGGAACUAGUGCCAUGAGUACCAUCCAGAUCAAGAGCACAUGCCAGCUUUCAGCUUUGUGGCAUCUGCAGGAGAGUCCAGAAUGCCUGAAGGAGCAGAAUGAAGAGGUCUCGCAGUUUACCUUUGAACCAUCCAGUGGUGUACUGCUACCACUGGCUGAGCACAGUGUGACUGUCUUGUUUAGGCCAACAAAGUGUCAAACCCUGAAAACAGUUCUCGAGUUGAAAGUGGAAAAUGGAAGUGCAAGUUACAUUGCAGUGAAGGCUGAAGUCCAGGUAGUUCAGGUGUGCCUGCUGUCCUCUGCUGUCAUUUUCAAAGAUGUCUACAUUGGGAUCCCUGCACAGGAGACAGUGAAACUCUUCAACCAGACACUACUGCCAGCAAAAUAUACCUGGGGAGAGCUGCAUGAAAGUGAAGCCCAUCAAUGUAGAGUCACUGUCACUCCAGCAAGUUAUACUCUGGGGCCAAAUGAAGAAAUCACAGCAUGUGUGGAAUUAACAGCUUAUAGCAUGCAUGAACUGAGUGGUUUGAUGCUCUCAUGCAUGGUUGAGGAGAUGAAAGAACCUCUUCUGCUAGAAAUAUUGGCUAAACCAAAAGGCUUGAACGUCACUUACAGCCUUCCUGCUGACAACAACGAGAGCAACUCACUACUUCUGAACUUCAGUGAGAUAAUGGUGCAUGACACAAUGAAGAGGCAGCUGUUGAUCACUAACAACACUGCCAUUUCAGCACAGUUCAAUCUGGAAGUGGAGUACUUCAGCAGCUGCUCUCCAGUGCCCCCCUCAGUCAGCAAGCUGACGGUCAGUCAGUCAAGUAAUCAGUCCAGAACACCACUCCUUAAAAGAACAGUGAACCUUACAGAAGGUCCAAGCAAGUCACAGAAUCAACUACAGCGUGAAUUUGAGGACAUACUGCUGUGUCACAGGAAGGGGGCAGCGUUUGUUGUCCAACCGAAGACAGGAACCCUGGAGCCAUACCAGCAGCUGACCGUUGAAAUCACAGUCUUUGCCAAUAUGUGGGGAGACUACAGUGAUUAUCUGAUUUGCAGAGUUGGAGAUCUGGAGCCUACCUAUGUACCCAUGCAACUGUCUGUUAAAGGCAUUCCACUGUACUUCAAGAUUUUAGGACCUCAGAAGGACAACCAGAUGCAAGGCCCUGUAGUCAGGUUUGGCACCCAUAUCUCUGGAGGUGACACUGUCUCCCGUUCCCUACGGCUCAUCAAUACGGGUCCCUGUGAUAUUCGGUUGGAUUGGGAGACAUACAACCGUGUGAAUGAUGACCUGCAGCUGGUGGAUCUGAUUAUUUCCUAUGGGCAGCAGUUCCCACUGAAGGAUGAGAGCGGUAAUGAGAUAAUGGGAACUAGCAUUGCUCCAAGUGAAAGUGUACACAGCUAUGACUGGGAUGCUAUUCCUAAUAGUCUAGAGAGCAGCUCUUCAGCACUCCAAACAACAGAAUGUGAACUGGAAGAGGAAGAGGAAGUUCCAGAAGGGGAACAGAAAGAAUCAAUGCCAGCAAGCCCUCUAAUUUCUGUUGUUCUACAGGUCCACGAGGGCAUUGCAGCAGACUAUCCAUAUUAUGUGACCCCACGACAGAUGGUAGUUCCAGCUGGCAGCUUCGUCACCAUCAACGUCUCUUUCACCCCACUCACACAGACUGAAGUGAUGACAAAUGUAGAGUGUGAAGGCUUCGCUUUAGGAUAUCUCAGUCUAGAUGAUCAGAUGUCAUUUGGAGUACCUGGAAAAGUGACUCGAUUUCAAGGAUAUCAUAAAGAGGCUUUACGCCUAGACUUCAAGGCAGUUGUAAAGCCUGCUUUCUCACUGAUCCAAAAAGAAGUCCUGACGACACGUGGCUUCAAGCUGACAAAUCCCAGUGAGACUGCUCUCUACUUUCAGUUUUUGCUUCAAAGACCUUUCUGUAUUUUGAAUGUGGACCCCAAAAACAGCCUUAAAUCUUCGAACAGUGACCGGGAGGAGAAUACAAAGAUGCUGUUACUAUACCCCCAACAACACCUGCAUGUCACCAUUGCGUUUUGCACUUCUCUGGACUUGUUGAAAUGCCAGGAAAAUUGGUGUCAAAGGAGAAAACGGAAACUGGAGUUUAACCAGGACCUUGUGAUUGAGUACAGCAACAAGACAACCCAGCUCAUCCCUCUCCAUGCUUCCUUUGCGCUGCCAUUCCUUGAGCUUUCCACUGACUGCAUCGAUUUUGGAAUCUGCUUGGUUGGACAAUGCAGGAGAAGGGAGAUCUUCCUCCUGAACAGGACAGGGUCAAAGAGUUUCUGGACUGCAGCAAUCGCUCCAAUUGAAAGCCAGGAAGAGCAGGGUGUGUUUGAAAUUUGUCCCGAGCAUGGGGUUUUACAGGCUCACUCCAUCCAUUUAUCAACAAGCCGUGUAGCGAUACAGAUCACGUUCAAGGCCAGGGAUGAGAAAAUGUAUCAAACAAACGUUGUUAUCCAAGGAAUUCUGGGUGAGAGACCGGUAAAAUUCUCAGUGCAAGGAAGAGGGACGCUUGACGAAAAAUACGAAGCUAUGUUCAUCCCAUAGUGUCAGCAGAAAUUAAAAUUACUCGAACCUCCAACAAGUUAAUCAAUGUAAAUAUUUAG